UCUUCUGUUCGCUGCGUCUGUUUUUCAUUUAGUAGCUACUUACUACUAGUUAGACUUACCUAGACCACGUGUUUUUUCAAACAUGGUGAAAAUGAUUUGUUUUAAUAAUGGUAUUGCCCGUGUUUUUGUAUGUUUAUUUAUAUUACAUCUUGAUCCAAACUCCACAGUCUUGUGUGAUGAAGCAAACGAGCUAAAAAGUACACCGGCACCCAAAACUUGUGAAGUGCCCGCGCCAUCAUCACCCCAUACGAAUAACACGUACAAAUGUAUCAAAAACAUCGAGAAUGGAUCAAAAUCUUGUGUUUCUAACGGAACAGUUCUCGAAUCGACGGUAAUUAAAAUCACCUGCGAUCCUGGUUAUUCUGUAAAUGGCAAAGACGAAUUGGUAUCAGUUUGCUACGAUAACGAAUGGGUUCCUCCCAUAAAAGAAUGCAUUAUUAGCCACCCUCCCGUAGAUUGCGGUCGAUUGCCAAAAAACGAACGUGAUUCGCGAACCUGGGGCAUGCCAUGGGAUGUCGUCAUUCGCCGAUCAGAUAUCAAAACUUCCAGGAGGAUAUGCUUCGGCACUAUCAUAAGUUCCAGAGUAAUUCUAACCACUGAAUACUGCUUGCUCAUCAGCGUUUUUGAUCAGUAUGACUACAAAUCUAUGAUCCGCCGAAAUCCCUUGGAUCCCGAAAUGUUCGAAGUUACGCUCGCGAAUGAUAUAGGUUAUUUCACUAGGCCAACAUGGUGGACCCGUAUGAAGUAUUAUGCAUCCUUAUUCGUGGACCCAACACCCAAACGUUUAACACCACUAAUGAUUGAAGAAUUUCGUUAUUUCAAGCACGGAAAUCAAGACGAAUCCCUCUUUCAUGACGUAUUAAUAGUAAUUAUGGAAAAAGAAAUCAAGUUCGACUCGCACGUUUACCCAGCUUGUGUUCAAUGGAGAAACCCCGAAAGACUUAACAAUACUACUGGAAUAGCAAAGGUAGAACAAUUCAGUACAGCUGCAUACCAAUUCGGAUUCCGUAACAAAGAUUACUCUUUCAUGAGCCACGACGCAUGCCAAGAAAACCCAACAUAUCCUUACUUCGUGUUCAACUGGGCAGGUCUCCUGCGUAGUGCUGACGAUGCGCCAAACACAGACCGCCAUGAUAUUAAAUUAUUUAUGAAACCUAAGCCUACUGCCCUACACGAAGGAAAAUUGUUUUGUCUAGAGGUGAAGCAGAACGAAUCGAUCACUUCUCAGACUUUAGCCGGCAGCGGAGUUAUGAUCAAAACGAAUCGUCGCUACUUUAUUCGAGGAAUUGCAGGACCAAGACUCUUGAGAUACCAAUCAAACGACGAUGCUGCUUUCAAAUAUUUCAUGAAUGCAAUUCGUAACGUCGCAAACAUUUCGUUUCAAGACUUUUCAAAAAAUAUUUCUGAUGCUAACGGGUCAUUUGAUGCUGAAUUUGUUCACGAAGCAGUCUUCGUAUAUAAUUAUAACUUUGCGAGUAUUUUGCGGAAUCAUCUUAAACCAGUUGGAGAGUUGUUGACGAAUCACCCAGAAAAGUUGAUCGUUGUUACAGAUGUGGCUGACUAUGUUGAUUGGAUCAAACAUGUUGUAGCUGAAGUCGACCCAUAUUACAUACUAUGAUUAAUUAUUUAUGUAGGUAUACUUAUAAUUACCUUUACUAGUGUUAUAUCCAGUUAAUCGUUAUAAUUCGAUGUAUACCCUUUUCAUCAAAAUAUGAAACUAUCCAGUUUGUUAAGCAUAAGUUGUACAUACAUUUGAUUCGAUUAAAAAGUAUAAAAUGA